GCAAGCAGAAGCAAGACGAAAAAUGGAUAGUUAGUUUACAAAUUAGUAAAGGAGUCAUCCAAAUACUCUUAUUCUUUAGAUUGUAAAGUAAUUUUUACUGUUAGUUUAUCUACUUUCCCUACCAAUCAUUUGAAGAAAACCCACAAUGCCUCCAAAAAAGAAGGCAAGUAAAAGUGGUAAAGGAGGAAAAGGAAGCGGAGGAAUUAUCGAUGGUGUGUCUAUGACUGAGAUGUCACGGGAGCAACUCGAAGCUUUCGCAUUUAGAAUAAGAGACGAACUGGAGAGGGAGAGGGAAGAGAGGAAUUUCUUCCAACUGGAAAGAGAUAAACUAUACACAUUUUGGGAGAUAACGAGACAGCAGUUAGAGGAAAACAAAGCGGAGUUGAGUAACAAGGAUAGAGCUAUUGAGGAAGCUGCUGAAAGGCAUGACAUGGAAAUAAAAAUUUACAAACAAAAAGUGAAACAUUUGAUGUAUGAUCACCACAGCCAUCUGGCUGAGCUCAAGGCAAACAACAUGGUCACUCUGAAAAUGGCUGAAAACGACUACUCUGAACAAGAAAUUGAAUUAGAAAAAGAUAAAAAAGCUUUGAAAGCUCAACUGGUAGAAAUUUGUCUCAGUCAUGAAGAUGAGAUAAAGGCUCUAAGGCUGAAACAUAGCACUGAACUGAGUGAACUCCGUGGCAAAUUUGCAGCCGAGGCAGAAGUUCUAGAGAAUAAAAUGGAUGCAAGACUUGCGACCUUGCGAAAUCAGCUGAAUCUCAAACAUAAGCUGGAGUUAGCGGAGGUAGAGGAACGCAAGAACCAGCAAAUACAACAUCUAGUUAACAACCAUCACCAGGCGUUCAGUGAACUGAAAGCUUACUACAACGAUAUAACUGUCAACAAUCUAGCUCUCAUUACAAGUCUUAAGGAACAAAUGGCCAAAAUGAAGGACAAUGAAGAACGGAUAGAGAAAAAGUUGAAAGAAGUAAGCAACGAGAACAAGAAACUUACAGAACCAUUAAAAGAAGCCCGGGAACAAGUUGCAGAUCUUCAACGACAACUUACAAACUACAACAAAGACAAAGUUUCACUUUCAAACAUGAAGAAGCAUUUGUCUCAUGUAACAAAACAGCUUGAAGAUCUCAAUGGAGAAUAUGAUGUGCUAGAAAUGGCAUUUGAAAAGGUGAAAGGGGAGAGAGAUGAGCUUCAUGACAAGUUUGUGUCUGCCAUUCUGGAAUUGCAGCAGAAGUCUAGCCUCAAGAAUGUUGUUCUGGAGAAGAAACUUGAGGUCCUGACAGCAGCCUUGGAGCAGAGAGAUGUCCAGGUGGCCGAAGUCAUGGCUGCCACAAACAUUGAUCCCAAAGCAAUGCACUCUGUUAACAAGAAACUUGAGGAGUUGCUAGCGUCAAAAAAUAACCGGAUCCAAGAGCUGCAGCUUGAGGUGGCUCGUGUGCUGAAGGCUCAUGAUGACAUGGUGUUGGAGCUGGAGUCCAGACUGAAGACUCUUGGUAUCUCCUCAGAAGACGUAGGUCUGCAGACCAAGCUGAGACCUCGGCACAAGUCUGUACACUCUUCAACAUCCACAUAGUCUAAACUCUUACUCUAUAGUGACACAAAACUGCUAGAAAUUGCCAGUGAAUUGACUGAGUUUAGCAAAUCUAUUUCAGUGGCACUCUCGUCUCCCGUUCCUAUCCCCUGCACUAGGCAUAGCCCAAUAUAAGUAUAUCAACUCAUUACUACAAUCGAAGAAUCUUUUGUUCGGCUUCCCUUGGCUGAACUCCGCAAGUAGGUAAUGAUUAGUCUUAGCUAGUGGAAGGAAUUCUCAGCACUCAUUUUGAUUGUUCCUGCAAAAGAAAUUUACCCAUUGUCUUUUGAUACACAAAUGAUAAGGCAUUUUUUAUCAAUUACCCUGUAUGGAAGAUAGAGAGAAUAUGACACAAACUGAAUUUUUUUAAGUUUGUAUAUGACCUCAGCAGUGUAUAUGUUUCUUUUUAACCAAAUAAAGUUACAACACCAAGAUAUGUGUACAGUAUAUCAAAAUGAAGAUUAUUGUUUAAGAAUGGGAUUACAGCUUUGUUACUGUAUAUUUAUCUUUCUAAUUCUAAUAUAGGUCUACUAUCUACUCUAACUAAGGUGGUCUCAUUAGUACGCUACUCUGUGUUCAAUAGUUCAUUGGAUAAGUUAAAUUGAUUCUACACAUAAAAAAUGUAUAGUGUAUGUAUUAUUAGGUUCGAUAAUUAUCCUGUUCAUUUAUUUAGUAUGCACAAUCAAUGAGUGGAAACUGUAACUGUCAUACUAUCAAAGAAAAUCAAAAUAAUUUAGAGCUUUUUUUUUGUGUAUGUUUUUUAGCCAUUGUAAGUUAUUUUUAACAUAAAAUAAAAAUAACAUUAUAUAUGAAAUCUGUUUAGUUACAAUGCAAGAAA